UCUUCUAGACUCAACUUUUUGGCUUAAAAUCUGGAAAAGCGGAAGAGUAAUUUUACUUUCAUUUCUCAAUCGAAUUUCAAUCUCUUGCGUAUUUAAAAUCGAAGUUCAACACCGAUUUCGAUUCUCAAAAAACCAUCACUUUUAAUCUAUAAUGGACCACAAGGAAACUUUGAAGAGGAAAAUGGAUUUCACCGAAGAAAAUGAAUCAGCCACCGAUGUUGUUCACGAAAACUCUCGGCGUUUAACUCUCGCCGACGAUAUUAAUCAACGCCUUGAUCGGAUUGACACAAUUAUUACACUGCCCGAUCCAGAUAUUGCUUCUGCUCAAAAUGAUCUCCGUGUUCUUUCUGAAUUCGCCAACGACGAUGAUAAUGUGGAUCUUAUGGUAGUUUGUGGUGCUAUUCCCACUGUGAUCAAGGUUUUGCAUAUGGUGUCUAAUGGAGGUGAAUUUGAUGCUGAUACUUACGACGUGGAAAAAGACUGUGUCUCUAUCCUUUGUCAUCUCGCGGUCAAGCCUGAGUAUCAAAGCCUCAUUGUUAAUACUGGAGCCGUGCCUUGUUUUGAGGAAUUGUUGUUGAGACCUAAAGCCCCUGGUGUUUCUCAAGCAAUUUAUUCUGGUCUUCUUGGGACAGUAGCUGAUGCAAUAACCAAUCUUGCCCAUGAAAAUAUGGGCAACAAGAACCUUGUCAGGCAUGAAGGUUGCAUCCCUCCUCUUGUUGAUUUGCUUGAUUCCAUUGAUAGAAAGGCACAGAGAGCUGCUGCAGGGGCCUUGAGAACUCUUGCAUUUCAAAAUGCUGAGAAUAAAGACCAGAUUGUUGAAUGCGAUGCGUUGCCCACUCUUGUACUAAUGCUUGGAUCAGAGGAUCCUGCAAUACAUUCUGAGGCGGUUGGUGUGAUUGGAAAUCUUGUCCAUUCUUCGCCUGAAAUUAAGAGAGAAGUUCUUCUAGAAGAGGCUUUACAACCAGUUAUUUAUCUACUAAGUUCCCCCUGUUUGGAGACCCAAAGAGAAGCAGCUCUUUUAAUCGGUCAAUUUGCCACAACGGAUACAGAUUGCACGAUUCAAAUUGCCCAAAGAGGUGCUAUAAACCCUUUAAUCAAAAUGCUUAAGUCUCCAGAUUUACAACUUAGGGAAAUGUCAACUUUUGCACUUGGGAGGUUGGCACAGGACUCAGACAAUCAAGCUGGCAUUGCUUACAAUGGAGGUAUAGAGCCUCUCCUCAAUCUUCUAGCUGCAAGGAAUCCUUCUGUCCAACACAAUGCAGCUUUUGCUCUUUAUGCUCUUGCUGAUAAUGAGGACAAUGUUCCUCUUAUUAUUAAAGCUGACGGUUUACGAAAACUGCAGGCUGGACAUUUCACUGUGCUACCUACUCAAGAGUGUGUAGCUAGGAUGUUAAAAAGAUUGGAAGAGAAGAUGGAAGGGCGAGUACUGAAGCAAAUGUUAUAUCUUAUGCGCUCCGGGAAAAGGGCUGUUCAGAAACGUGUAGUUCUUGCUCUUGCACAGUUAUGUUCCGCCGAUGAUCGUAAAACUAUUUUCAUUGACAAUAAUGGAUUAGAAUUGCUGUUGUAUUUUCUUGGAUCUACAAUCGAAAAGGAGAAGCGUGAAGCCUCUAUAGCGCUUCACACAAUGGCUACCAAAGGAAUAAGUGGCUCUAUUGUUGAUCUUGUGCCUGUAUCACCAACUCCCCGGAUUUACUUGGAUGAGCAAUAUGUAAACAAUCCAGCGCUUUCUGAUGUCACAUUCAUAGUUGAAGGCAAACGCUUUCAUGCUCAUAAAGCUUGUUUACUUUCAUCUGAUAUAUUUCGCGCAAUGUUUGAUGGUGGUUACAAGGAAAUGAAAGCCAAGGAUAUAGAGAUUCCAGAUAUUAAAUGGAAUGUCUUUGAGUUGAUGAUGAGAUUUAUAUACGGCGGAACAGUAGAUGUUGAUUUGGAUGUUGCCCCAGACCUCCUUAAAGCUGCAGAUCAAUAUCUUCUCGACGGUCUUAAGCGUAUUUGUGAAUCUGUUAUUUCUAAGGAUAUUUCUGUGGAAAAUGUUUCAGUAAUGUAUGUGAUGUCAGACACUUAUAAUGCUACAUCGUUAAAAUAUUCAUGCAUACUCUUUAUCUUGGAACAAUUUGAUAACUUGAGCUCCAAACCAUGGUAUUCUCACUUUAUGCGUUGCAUUAAGCCGGAUAUACGGAAAUUCUUCUCGACUUUACUUACCAUGACUAAACACACUGGCUAGUGCUGAUUCUCCGAUUUUUAAUCUUUUCGAGACGGAUGAAAAUGUACAAAGCUGUUAAUAAAUAAAUUUGCAUGCCAUUCUUUGGUAAAACCUUAGAGCAUGUUUGGCUAUACAUAGUUAACAAACUCUUCAAAGUGUAGCUUCUGUCCAAUUGCACAGAAGCACCUUGAUUUUGUAUUUUUCUUCACACAUUUCACAGUGAAAGAUUCAUAUAUUUUUACAUUUAGUCUGAAAUUGUUGAUGGUUAUGCUUAUAAGUUAUAAUAA